AUGGAAAAAUCAUCGAAUUUAGUAAUAUCAAGCCCUAAUUUAAAAUACACAGAUGAUUACAUUAUAUCGGAAUACGAAUACGAAGAGACAUUAGUAACCAGGAAUGGAAAUGAUAUAUUGGCGCGACCCUUCCGCAAAUCCAUGUCCAUCAGGACACAGAAGCGAGUGGGCAAGGUGGGCGUCAUGCUCGUAGGAUGGGGUGGCAACAAUGGCUCAACAUUCACUGCAGCUGUGUUGGCAAACCGGCACCAACUCUCAUGUAACACCAAGAACGGCACACUUCAGUCGAACUGGUUUGGUUCCAUCACGCAGGCCUCGACAGUGCGGCUCGGUAUAGACGAGAAAGGUGACGAGGUGUAUGUGCCAAUGUCGUCUUUAUUGCCCAUGGUGAAUCCUGAUGAUUUGGUGAUCGACGGUUGGGACAUCAGCCCGCUGAAUCUUGCCGAGUCUAUGGUCCGCGCGAAGGUGAUAGACUUCGACCUCCAACAGAAGCUGCGGAAAGAGAUGGCCACGAUGAAACCCAGGCCCGCCAUCUACGACCCCGACUUUAUCGCCGCUAAUCAGGCGGACCGUGCGACGAACCUCAUCCGCGGCACCAAAUACGAGCAGUACCUGCAGAUCCGCGCCGACAUUAAGGACUUCCGCGACAAACACAAGCUGGACAAGAUCAUCGUGCUGUGGACUGCCAAUACUGAGAGGUUCUGCGAGGUGCGGCCAGGAGUUCACGACACCUCCGAGCACCUGGAGAAGGCGCUGCGGGACAACGACCCCGAGAUCUCUCCCUCCACCAUCUUCGCGCUGGCCGCCAUCGAUGAGGGCUGCGGGUACAUCAACGGCUCGCCGCAGAACACGCUGGUGCCGGGCGCGGUGCAGCGCGCGGAGGCGCGCGGCGUGUGGGUGGCGGGCGACGACUUCAAAUCCGGACAGACCAAGCUCAAGUCCGUGCUGGUCGACUUCCUCGUGUCCGCCGGACUCAAACCCGUGUCGAUCGUGAGCUACAACCACCUGGGCAACAACGACGGCAAGAACUUGUCCGCGCCGAAACAGUUCCGAUCGAAAGAGAUAACCAAGAGCAAUGUGGUGGACGACAUGGUGGAGUCGAAUCAGAUCCUGUACCAGCCGGGCGAGAAGCCUGAUCACGUGGUGGUCAUCAAAUACGUGCCGUAUGUCGGUGAUUCAAAGCGCGCAAUGGACGAGUACACGUCGGAGAUCCUGCUGCACGGCACCAACACCAUCGUGGUGCACAACACCUGCGAGGACUCGCUGCUGGCCGUGCCGCUCAUACUCGACCUCGUGCUGCUCGCUGAACUCUUCACCAGGGUCGACUUCCGCGAGAAGGACGGACAAGAGUGGCAGAGCAUGCACGCGGUGUUGUCGACGCUGUCGUACCUGCUGAAGGCGCCGCUGGUGCCGGCGGGCGCUCCGGUAGUCAACGCGUUGUUCAAGCAGCGCGCCGCCCUCGACAACCUGCUGCGCGCCUGCCUCGGGCUCCGCCCCACACACUACAUGCAGCUCGAACAUAAGGUGCCGUUCCUGAUGUCAGCCCUCCACAACGGCUCGAUGUUCGGCUCCCCGCCCAACAAGAAGCAGAAGGUGGCGCACACCAACGGUGACCAGUGAACACCCACCGCAAACCUACCCACCCGUAGAUAUACUGAUAUACCGAAACGAAACGUUUGCCUGUGAUCUGCAAACUUGAAGUAUCGCGCCAUCUUUAUGUACCAUGGCAUUUUGAAAGUAGUGUUGAUUAGAUGAAUGAAGUAUAUUGCCUUUGUGAACACACAGUAUGAAAAAAACGUAAACAGCGUAAAUACUUCAGCAACAGAUGUUUGCUGGAAAGCAUCAUAAAUCUAGGACACGUCAUAUUGUACUUCACGACCAAAUUUAAUCCUGCUCGGGUUAAUCGGGCAAUGAAAUUUAAAAUCUAUAUUAUCACAUACGCGAACGAUUCGUUUCGGUUAUUUAACUUUACCAACACAUAAAGUAUUAUUUAUUGUACGUAUUACGAUCUGAGAACUAUUCAUAUAUGUCCGUUUGAUGUUCUGAUAUUGACAUUGUAUCGAAUAUACUGCGGUAGCCAAAUCGAAAUAUUUAUAUCGAAAUUAAUCAUUUUAAGGUACUUAACGUUUAUGUAUUGCGUUUCCUAUUUAAGUAUUUUAUCUGAACGUAAGCGAGUUAAGUUAUAUUACCGUUGUGGUUAGUGGUUUAUCAAAAUAUAUAUUUAUUUGGUUACAUUCUGUGAUAACCGUAUCGUUUGUGAUCUGAAGGUUGAUGAGUUAAGAUGUUUAACUUAUUUAUUUUGUUUUAUGCGUUACGCUUAGAUCGAUGUUACAUCCAUUGAUGGCUUUGUCGACAUUCCCGUGGGCUUAUAUCGUAUUGCAUUAGGAAAGCGAUGUAUUUAACCAACGACGUGCUUGUUCGCGGGCGCGUGCGUACUGGUGCGGGCGCGUCCGCCAUUACGCGCACGUAUACCUAACAUAAACGGGUCAGAUCUUUUUAGAUUAUUUACAAAGAUUUGUCACAAGAUUCACCACGUUAUGUUAGUGAUUAAUCGCUUUGCUAUUGUAAUGAGCCUAAUAAGCUCACCGCAUCGCUGAAUUCGACCUUUUGCCCUCUAACUUUUAUUAAAUUUGAAUAUUAGAAUGCCCUAAAAGUGAAUUCCAAGUACUAAAGAAAAAGGAUCGAAUUUCGCUUGGAACCAAUGUGGAGAUCAUAUCUUCUACAUUUGUUUAAGGUCUGAAUGUAUGUUUAGAGUUGGAUUUUUGGAAAAUUUACAGAAGCCUAUUGAUAUCCUUAUAAUGUUAUUGCUCGGGUAUAACUGAACAUCCACCCGCGACCGUCUUGUUUGCUUACUUUGUUGGUUUCAUUAUUUAUUUUUUUCGUUAAGUUUGAAAUUGAAGCAAUUUAUUAUAUUUUAAUCGAAGAAUUAUUUGGUUUGGUUACAUUUAAUAAAAUUAAUUUAUUUUUGUUGCUCCUUACAAAGUUUCCGAACUCGACGGUCGAUACAUUUGGAGUAUAUUUACAAUAUAUGUAUAAGUGUUAAUAUAACGUCCGUAAAUUCAUAUUUUAUUUAAAACAAUAAUAGUUGAACCAUCAAACAUUCCAUAUUCAAGAGAAUCGAUGAAUUCCGCUUUUAAUGUCGAUAGUUUCCCGUAGGUAUCGAGAGAAUCAUCCAAGAUGUAUUUAGUAUACUAGAAUAUAAGGGUUUGAAUAUCAAACGUACGGGAUAGAUAUCUACCAUAAUAUAUCAACAUAUAAUUUUCAAACUAAACCAGAGCGUAGUAUUUCCCUGUGAGAUUUUAUGCAUUUGAAUCACUUUUCUGUUCAUGCUAUCAAAUAUUCUAUGCAAUCAAGCUUCAAACAGGCCGGCAUAUUUGUGACGACUGGCGAGUGGUAAUCAUCUCUCGUCAGUCGACAUUCUAUUGGACUCCACUCCACUUACCAUCAGGUGCAGUGGGGCACAAUGUGAGUGCCGGUAUAAAAUAAAAUAGUGUGGCAGCGAUCUGUGUCAAUUCGUUUAUAAAAUGAGCGAAAAAUAACGAAUCUCAUUUCUCAUGAUUCCAUAUUUAUCGCUACACCAAACAUUUAAAAAAAAUUUAAAAUGUUUAUUUUCUCUGUUAGUUCUAUUUAUAGAUAUGAUGUUAAUUUCAGUAUUCGCUUAGUAUUAUUUUAUGUAUGUAAGGAGGUGCAUUUAUUUAGUGCUAAUUAAUGUUACGUAUUUUUCCACGAUGAGGCGAGCGUACCCAAUAUAUUUGUAUUAACUACCUUAUUAAAACGUUGUGUACAUAAAGAAGUUUAAUUGUAUUUUGCCCCCUAUCAUGGGGCAGAACACACAUGGCGAUAAGUGGGUGCCUUGAUUGCAUCUCUGCCUAUCUUCGAAGAUAGACGUGUGUGUUUGUGUUCGUUUAAAACAAGUCAAAAUAUUGUUUAAUAAUAUAAUUGUAUACAGCGCGUAUUAUAAGGUCUAAAUUAUUUACGAAAUAAGUUAUCGGAGUUUUGUUUGUGAUUACGAGAUCUGCUCGCUUCAUGCACACGAACUAUAUAUUUAUUUACAUGCAAAUUUUAUCUCAAAUAUUAGUGUUGAGUUCGUAUUGUAUUAAAUUUUAUUGUUAUAUGGGUCAAUUUUUGUCGUCAUUUUAAUACCAAAAUGUAUUGAUUUGAAUUUGAUGUAUUAGAUGUGCAUAUGAAUUCAAAUAAAUUUAUUUUAAAUGUGUAA